CUUCAUCGCCUCGACCGCUUUGCCCCAGCACCAGCCCGUCCACCCGGCUCCAAAUCCCGUCAUGCCUGUCUACCACUCGUCUAUCAGCGAUGCCGAUGCCAGGGUGCUCGGCAGCAUUCCUCUGCUACCCAUCAAAACUCGGGUGCGCGGCAAUGCCCCUCCUGCCGCUCCCAACGCCGACGACAUCAUCGAUGAGGCUCUGGAUCUCUAUCGCGCCAACAGCUUCUACCGCAACUUUGAGAUCCGUGGCGGGAGCGACCGAGUCUUGAUCUACCUGAUCCUGUAUAUUCAAGAGUGCUUGUUGAAGCUGUCCAAGCUCCCCGGUCAAAGUGAGGCCAACACUUUGCUCCAGACCCACGCCGUGCAGUCCUUCCCUGUCCCCGGCGAGGCUGGGUUCCCGCUGAAUGCGGUCUACACAAAGACCUCGACGAACGACGAAACCGACCAGCUGCGCCAAUACCUGACCCAAAUGCGCCAGGAGCUCUCGUCCCGGCUCGUCCAGCGAAUCUACGAGGACAACAAGCCCUCCAAGUGGUGGAUGUGCUUUGCCAAGCGCAAGUUCAUGAACAUUGCCAACGUUGGCACCAGAGUAUAAGCAGCAUCGCCAGCAGGCGCUCGGUUCUCGGUUGUCGGUUAUCGGCCCUUGGUUAUCGGUUAUCGGCUCUUGGUUUUCGAUCCCCGCCUCCCCCCCCCUCCAGGUAGAUCCGGGACAAGCACGACCAAGCGGCCUGCCGUCCUUUCUUUGAUGCUUCUUGAAUAUAUGCUCGUGGCUCUGUAU